CGUACAUCAUUAUGUACAAAAUGCAAUAACUUCUUCUUUGUUUUGUAUUGAAGAGAACCUUACCUUCCAGCCUCUUUGACAAAUUUAAUCCCAUCUUCUUUGUUAAAACUCAAAUUCUUCCAUUUUCUUUCUAUUAUUAUCAAUUUUUUGAACAAGUUUAAGGGGAUUGAAGGCUUAAAAAAUUUAGAUCUGAGCCUAUCCAUGGAAGAUUGUUCAUCCCCUCAAUACCUUGGGUUUGAUUUCUUGCCUCAGUCUCCAUUCUCAUCCUGGUAUGAGCCUGAGGAACUUUUUCAUACCAAAUCUCUUUCGUGUGAAGAAAAUCCAUUGGAUGAGAAUUUUCCUGAGAAAGUGAAGGAAAAAUCUUUGGAAACAGAUUCCUGCAAGGGGUUUAAUGAUAAAGAAGACUUUACUUCAAAGGCGAAAAAAGCGGCAGGAAAGGAAAAGAGGUACAUAGGGGUAAGAAAUCGGCCAUGGGGAAAGUAUGCUGCUGAGAUACGUGAUUCGACAAGGCAAGGAGCGCGUGUAUGGCUUGGAACAUUUACUACUGCAGAGGAGGCUGCUUUGGCUUAUGACCAAGCUGCAUUUGUGAUGCGAGGCCCAUUGGCUCGCCUCAACUUUCCUACUGAAAGAGUACGCGAAUCGCUUCAUCAGAAUGGUGGUGAGUCCUCCUCUUCCUCCUCCAACUGCACCUGCACCUCCUCUUCAUCUCCAGCUGCGGCACUGAAAGAGAGAAACAAGAUGAGAAUGAAGUUGCUGACAAGUAGGAGGAGGAGGAAUAAUGAAAAAGAAGGAAUAGUAGUGAAGCCUGGAGCAAAUAUGUCAAUAUUUGAAUUUGAGGAUCUAGGAGCUGAACUCUUAGAUGAGCUCUUAAGCUCAUCUGAGAGAGCUUCUCAUAGUACUUGAUUCAAUUUACACCAUUUUCAUCACCCUCUCUAUUAUGUACUUUCAUAUCUUGCUCAUCAUCUAUAUGAAUUUUGGAUAUUCACAUUCAUGAUUGAUUAUUUACUCUCUCAUCUACCUAAAA